AUGCUUUUAUUGUUUUCAUUGGUUAUCCUUGUGAGCGAAAUGAAAUUCACACUUGCAAACAUACCCAAUUUUGUCGAAUUAUAUAGUUCAUCUGAAUGGAAAAACCUGUAUUUCUGCAAUUAUUUUUCAAAGAAUUUGUAUUCUAACACCCAUCAUAAAAAGGCUUUUCAGGAAAUAACUGGGUAUGCAUUGCUUCUAAAGUUGUAUGGUAGUGUUAAUGAAAUUCCAGUGAAUGUUAUACAGUUCAACAAACAUCUUUUAUCGGAAUACAUGGAUCAGGAUGGCCUUAUUGAUACAGAAAUUUAUGUAUAUGCACUGAUAUUUUAUAAUGAUCUUGAAAAGCUGUACAAAAUAGUGCCAGAAAAGAUAUCUUUCGAAGUAGUUGAUCGUUACAUACAGAGUCUUAUGAUUUCUAUUCUAACUUAUGAAGCAGCAAAUGGAAAGAUCGCUUACUCAGCUGACAGCCUGAGAAGAUGUUUUCAAAAGAAUGAGCUUGUUGCACACUCAGUUAAUAUAUUUGGAGACCUAUCUUUCAAGUGGUUCAAAGUUUUUAGCCGAGGUAUAUUGCACCAUCUUAAUCUCCACAGAAUGUUACAGUUAACAUUGACUAUCCUGCAGUCAGGACCCAGUGAAUCGUGCCGAGAAAGCAUGCAUCAGCUUAGUUUAGGUUGUCUAAAUGGAAAUGGUUGUUUGGAAUCAGUGCCCAAGCAAAAAUGUCUACCUCCAUGUAACAGUUACUGUAAAAAUAUUAUUCGCGGAUGUCUAGCCCCAUCUAUUUUGUACGCCUCCAAUCAAAUUAUUCAACUUGAUAAGAAAUUAAUAUGGAACUAUAAAGGACCCGUAAACUUUGAUGAUUUAGAAGCCUCACUAAACGCUACAAAUGUGUACCAACUUUUGAAAGAAGGACUUGACGUAGUAAAAGAAAACGCCAUUUCAAUAAAAAGAAAGCUGGAGCAGUUCUGUGGAAAAGGCAGAUUUCACCCACUACAAAAUAUACCAGCUUAUGCCAAGAAUGCUUCCCAAAGUAAAUCUACACCAUAUUCUGUGAAUACUGUGUAUGAAAUGAAGUUCAAUGAAGAAUACAACAAGCUGAAGAGAUUUAUAAAAGAAACUGAAAAGGAUUUGAAUUCUCUUCUUUAUGGGAUGAAUGAUCUAAAACAGUAUAUGAAUAGUAUUGAGUCACUUUAUUGUCCUGAAGAAAACGCAAACAAGUGUUGGAACGGAUCGUCGUUUGAUACGUAUACUCGUCAUGUCCCAGAGUUUGCGUUGGGUGGUCAAAUGAAUAACCCAGAAGUAAAAAUAACUAGCCGGGAUUUACAGUUUCAUUUACCUCUAGAAAAAGCUGGAAAAGGCGGUUAUCACGCAAUGAACUUACAGAAUGAUAUUUUGUCGACAAACAAAAAUUCAUUCACUGAAGAAUCAAGUGGUAUCCGUCCACAAUUUCUGCUCACUGAUCUCGACAUACCUCAGAUGGAGCCCCAUUAUUAUGAACCAGGUCCACCAAAAUUAUCUGCUGAAUUUGACAGUAGACAAGAAAAUAGUGACAUGAAUGCUUUAUCUGAUCACGUUGUAGUUCAGGGAUGUUCUAUGGAUGAUGAAGAUUGCGAGUUACAUUUUGCUGACAGCUACAUUGACGAAAAUGAAAGCGAUGAAAAUAACAGACUGGUUGAUACUCACACUUCCCUUGCCGGAUCCUUAGAUUCAAAACAAUUUCUUACAGAAGGCCGAUCAAGUGAAAAUGAAAUAAAGGAGACUGUGACAUCAUAUGUACCUGUGAAAUCAAGGCAAUCACAUUCCGAAUUACUCAACUUUUCAGUACCUCAUGGAGAAAUAGUUCUAUCAGUAAAAUAA